AUGGCUCCCUCUAGACUGGAUACCAUCUCUUUCACCACAUUCUCCAACAUUGUCAACGGCGAAUCCCGCAGCUCAAAAACAAAAUACCACGGCAUCGACCCCACCACCAAAGAACCAAACUGGGACGUUCCUGUGGCCACUCCCGAAGACAUUGAAGAUGCCGUCGCCGCUGCCAACAAGGCAUUUGCUGAGUGGAAGAACACGACCUGGGAAUACCGCACUGAGCGUAUUGCCCGCUUCAAGGAGGCCUUGGAGGCGUACCAGGAGGAAAUGACCGACCUGCUUCUUAAGGAGACCGGCAAGCCACGAAACUUUGGAGCCACCGAGGUGCAAUCGUGCUCCAAGUUUAUCGAAUGGCAUAUGCAGUUAAAGGAGCCCAAGGGUGAAUCGUACGACCUUGAGGAUAGGAAGAUUGUCAAUAAGUUUGUUCCGUUGGGUGUCGCAGCAGCCAUUUGCCCUUGGAACUUCCCUCUGUUGUUGAGUUUGGGCAAGGUGCUACCUGCAGUGCAGAUGGGCAAUGCUAUCAUUGUGAAGCCUAGUCCAUUUACUCCAUACACUGCAUUGAAGAUGGUCGAGAUUGCCAACCAAGUCUUCCCACCCGGUCUCGUUCAGGCUCUAGGUGGUGAUGACAAGCUCGGCCCCGCUCUCGUCGACCACCCUGACAUCCACAAGAUCAGCUUCACCGGCUCAAUCGCCACUGGCAAGAAAGUUAUGGCUGCUGCGGCGAAGACUGUCAAGCGAGUGACCCUGGAGAUGGGUGGAAAUGACCCUGCCAUUGUCCUCCCUGACGCCGAUAUUGCCAAGGUCGCUCCUAUGGUCGCCAUGGGAGCAUUCUUCAAUACCUCCCAAGUCUGCAUCGCCUCGAAACGCAUCUACGUGCAUUCUUCCAUGUACGACGAAUUCCUGACCGCGCUCGUCAACGUGGCCAAAUCCCUCAAAGUCGGUUCCUCCAACGAAGAAGGCGUCAUGCUCGGCCCCAUCCAGAAUAGCAUGCAGUACGAAAAAGUAAAGACCUUCUUCAAGGACACCAAGGACCACGGCUACAAAUUCGCCCUUGGAUCCGGCGACGUGCCCGAGACGAAGGGGUUCUUCAUCGAGCCCACCAUCAUCGAGAACCCGCCCGACGACAGCAUGGUAGUGCGAGAGGAGCCCUUCGGCCCGAUCGUGCCGGUGCAGAAGUACGACGACAUCGAGGACGUGAUCAAGCGCGCCAACAACUCCAAGGCGGGACUGGGCGCCACGGUCUUCGGCAAGGACCCCCAGAAGCUGCAGGACGUCGCGGACAAGUUGGAGGCUGGAUCCGUCUGGAUCAACAGUUUCCCCGCUGCCGGCCCCCAGGCUCAGUUCGGCGGUGUCAAGGAGAGCGGCAUUGGCACCGAGUUUGGCACCUUGGGUAUUUUGGCGUAUUCUAAUGUCAAGGCUAUCACGACGUUCAAGUAA